AUGGUCCGAUUGAAGGCCCCGAUCCAGCUCCUUCACCUCUUCACAUCGGAGACCGAAGAUCGGAGAAUACGCAAUACACCCAGGCAUGCGAUCCUUCAAAUUUCGUUAUUUGUCCCUGAAGUAGGGCCUUGUGUCUCAGAAUUGUACUCCUACCUCUUAAUAGGAUCAAAGUCAGGCCUGAAUCGCUUUUUGAAGACUACUUCUGAAGGGCAGCUAUGUCUCCCUUCCUAUGGCUUCUGCUCUGUGCAACUUCGGCUCUGA